GUGACUUAAUGUCAACAUGUGGACAAAAUCAUUUUGAAAAUGCGCAGAUGUACUUGAACAAGGAAUUAAUGGAUAAAAUGAAAGAUUAAAAUUGACAUUCAACAAUGCGAUAAUGUUAACUCAGUAAGACAAAGUAAGCAAUGGCUUCAUAUAGCCCAAAACUUUCAGAGAAGAAAUACAAUAACUGGGUUAAAGCCCAGUUAGCAGUGUUGUUUGCUAAAGACGGACUUGAACCUUUUGUGUGUCAUGAAGUUCAAGAAUUCCGGUUGAAAUGUUUAGAUGGUAUUUGCUACAACAAUGGAUUGAUUAGUGGAACUUUGUGUUCAAAUUGCUCUACUGAAAAUGUUAUUAAAUGUCCAACAAAUAAAAUAUGCAAUGUUGGACAUGGAAAAUGCAGUUAUCAUCGAAAUGCUGCAAGAAAGUACAAUCCUGCUGGCUGCCCUAAAAAGAUAUGCCAUAAUUUUACAAAUGAGAUACAGAAUGCGCAUAGGUACUCUGGUCCAUCGUACAAAAACACUGAUGCUACCCAGUGGUGCAGUAAUUUCUGGGAAGUGGCGAAAUGCUUCAUGCCCCCAGAUGGGUAUAAAGAUAAAGCAUCUGCAACAGAAACAGACUUCAAUGGUAUAGUUAGCGUUAUUCUCAAUUACAAAGACUUCCAGAUGAAAAUACAUGAAAACCUCAAUAAUAAGACGAAUAUGUUUGAGGAGGCAAGAGAAAUUGGAAGAACUGUGCGACAUUCAUCAACACUUGAAGUAGAGGAUUCAGAUCUUCAGAAAUACUUUAAACUUUUACAGAAACUGCUUUCUGAUCAUGUAUAUUUAGCUACAGACACGCAUGCGCAGAAAGCUAAACGGAAACUGGCAGAGUUAGAAAAUGACACUCUAGUCAUUGGUAAAGAUGAUAUAAGAAAAGUACUAGACGAUGUGGCAAAAGCAAUACAGGACAAGAUGAAGGCUGGAUUAGAUGAGCAAUAUGACAGAAUUAAACUAGAUAUGAUAAAAAGAAAACAAGAAGAUCUUCAGUCUUUUCAAUCACAAAUUGCCGAGGGAGUGACACAAUUAAAGGAUGAAACUGAUGCUUCAGUUAAAAGACUGAAUGAAGAACGGGACAAAGAAGUUGAGAAAAUUCAUAAACAAGGAGAUAAAAGACGAGCAGACCUGGCUGAAUUAGGAGAAACGUUACAAAAAAGACUGAAAACAGCAAGUAAAGACGAGAAAGAAAAACAAUAUAUUGAAUUUAAACAAAAACUGAAGGAUGAACUAAUAACAUGGUACAACACCAAUCAGAGUACAGUUCCUCUUUCACCACUCACAGAUGCUUUCCCUACCCCUCUAUCUGGGUUCUACAUUAUGCCAGAAAUUGACAUACAGACUUAUCUACCAGAUGGAAGGAAAGAAACAACUAGAGUCAAUUCGUUACAGGACUUGUUUACACCCAGUAAAAAGGUUUCACAGGAAAUAUAUUUAUCAGCAGCCGCUGGAUUUGGGAAAACAUCUUUUUCAAAAUAUCUCGCCUUGACGUGGUGUCAAGCCUAUAAAAAGGAUGAAAAUUAUAAACAUUUUAAAGAAGAAGAGUUAAAGGCAUUAUCUGGCUUUGAGUUUCUGUUUCUAGUGCUAUUGAGAGAUUCAGCAAAAGUCUGUGAUAUCGACGACAUGAUUGAACAACAAGUCAUAGAAUAUCUUCCUUGCUCAUCUUCAAUGCCAAAAGAUCCUUUAAAGGACAUUUUACGUGAUGAAAAAUGUCUUGUUAUAUUAGAUGGACUUGAUGAAUGGAGUCAUCCUGACAACGCUUGUACAAAAGUUCCUAAAAGUAUUCCGCAUCGAUAUGCACGUGAAAAGUGUGUGAUUUUAACAACGACCCGGCCAUGGAAGCUUGGAGUCUCAAGCUUGAAGAAUAAUCAAAUAGACAAAACAGUAGAGCUAGUUAAACUAAACGAAGAUAAUGCAUGGCAGUUUAAGCUCAAUGCAAUGAAAACAUUGAAAGGCAACAUUGAAGAUGAUAAACUGAAAAAUGAAGUGUGUAGAUUUGAAGAAGAAAUCAGUGACCAUGACCUUGAAGAUAUGGAAUCCACCCCUCUCCUGUUACUCUAUCUUAUAUGUUUAUGGAUUGCAAAAAUUCAAAUAGGAAAUUCAGCAGUAGAAUUAUAUACAGGCAUUAUUCAGCUCCUUCUAUCUAGAACAGAAAAGUUACAUGAAAAGUUUCAUUCUUCGUGUAAAACAUCUGCGAGUAACAUCCCUGAAUGUUUCAGAAAACACAAACAUUUCUGUAGUUACUACACGUUUCUGGUGACCAUUGGGAAACUAGCUUUUUAUACAUUGUUCAGCCAGAAAAAGGAGCACACAUUAGUUUUUGAUCAAGAUGUUGCUGCAAAAUAUCUUAACAAAGAAAAUUUGAAAUCAAGCUGUCUGUCAGGAAUAUUAUCAGAAAGUAAAGUGAAAACAUUAAUAAAUGAAAGUUCUAAAAUCUCAUUUUCACAUAAAACAAUGCAAGAAUACUUUUCAGCAAUAUUUAUAAGCUUUCAAAAUACAAAUGAAGUUCAAAAAAUCAUCUUUGAAGAGUGCAACUGUUUACAAAAUAUUGCAAAAAUGUCAAAAGUGUUUGUCUUUAUUAGUGGCAUGAACCCUAAAUUAAUGUCUAUAAUAUCAAGUGAGUUAAUGCCUGUGAUAAACAGUGAUGAAAAAACAAGCAAAUACAGAACUUUGACAGAGUAUGAUAAAAUGUACAAUAAGCCAUUAGAAGACAUACAAGACAUGUACAUUUCUUGUGCCAAAGAAGGAAAGAAAAACAAAGAUCUCAAAUUGUGUUUACAAGAUUUCAUCAUCAAUGAAAAAUGUCAACAAGAAAACUACUUCAAACAAUUACAACAUUUGUGUCAACAAAAUAAAGAAACCAUAAAAUCAAUAAUGAUUGAAAAUGAAGGUAUUUGUAGUCUACAAGAAAUUAUCAAUUUGUUUACACUCUCUGACCUUCAACAUAUAAAGAAAUUAUUCUAUCAAGGUGAAAUUGUAGAAGAGGAAAUAAAGAGCUUGUUAUUGAACCCUUUAAAAUGUUUUACUGUGAUAUCCAGUAAAUGGGAAAAUCAUCGAUUUGUAGAAGAAUUUUGCUGGUUGUCUGCAGAGAUAAAUGAACAACUGGUAAAAUUACAACACCUGGAGUGUUUUAAGAUAGACUGUUUCACUAUGACCCACGAGGUAAUGGAGACAUUGUUAAAUUUCCUCACUAGUAAAAAAUCAAUGAAAGAAAUAAGAUUGUACAAUUUAUACUGUAGUGAUCAUGAUACUUCAUGUAGGGGAUUCAACCUUAACCUGUCUCAACAUUCAAAACUAAGAUGUUUAGAAUUGGGCAAUAUACAUGUGUCACAAUUAGACAUGGAUGUAUCGUUGUUAGAGGAAUGUGAUGUAGGUGAAUUAUAUAAACCUGGUGUUGUGUCAUCUUAUCUCUGUCAGCUAUCAGAAGCUAUGGCAGUAUAUAUGGAAGGUUGUAAUAUAAAACCAGAAACAGAAUUUGAAAACUUUAAAACAUUUAUAAAACAGUCAGACAAUUUUAUGGUCAUCUAUGAUGGCACCUUGGAGUCUGGAGUGUACCUGUUUGAGUUUAAAACAACAAGUACUGAGUAA